AUGGCAUGGCAGGGCAGGGACAUGUCACUGAGGGCAAGAGGCUCCCUGCAAGCACGCCGUUUCACAGGCCUGCAACUGACUGACAGCGACCGCCAUGGCAUCAUAGCCGCUAUCAGUCCCUGCUGCGGAGCGAGCAGCGCUUUCAGUCGAGCCCAUUUCGCUUUCCCCAAAUGUCAUCUUUCGACGAAUGUGACUGCUGCAGAUAGAUUGGUUGACCUGUACUUGCCCAAGGUACAUACAUACGAGGACUCGGUAGUACCUACCUACAGCAGUGCCACGCUCCCCAGUUCCAGGCUGUGGCUGGAGCCUCAAGCCCCCGGAAUCUCCAUGCCCCGACGUCGUGUCUCAAGCCUCACGCCUGACGCCUUCACGCUUCCAGCCUCACGCCUCAAGCCUCACGCAUCCAGCUUCAAGCCUCGCGCUGACAUGCUCGCUAAAAGCAAGCAGAGACAGAAACAAACAGCUUCCGGUCAAAUCAUCCACGGAAGUCCUUCUCUAGCAAUACAUAGUCCUUCCAAGUCGAUCCCGUUGACGCCACCUUUUGCUGCCAUUCUGACCUCUCCAGCCACAACAUGCAGAAUGCCAUCAUUCCAGCUCGAAUACGUACGAGUGCUGCAUCUGCAGCUAAUCAGCAUCAACCACUACUGUACUGUACAGUACCUGAAUCAUAUAAUCAACACGCGUGCAAGCAGCCCAGCAGUCCACCAGCGUUCAUCAACGGGUGAGAGACAAGCAUACUCGUACUACAAGUAUUACUCGGAUCACGAGUUCCUCACGCCCUGGACAGUUGCGUCACGCCAACUGAAUCAGAACCACGCAGAUCCCCCAAGUCGGCGACCCGUAGCCUCGCUGAUCCCCUAA